AUGGCCACGUCAUCUUCCACGUCAGCAGAAGCAGCGGACGUCGUGGCAGCACGGCGACGGCCGCACGACGACUCGUCCGACGCGUCCGUUCCGCUAAUCACGCCGCUCAUAUCGCCGUCUCCGCCAAAUCCGCCGCGGUUUCAGCCUUUCGAACUCGAUCAUGCCGAUGCACCCGCGCCGUCCUCUCCGAAUCGCGUUCACAGUGCCACGUGUCAUCGCGGCUCGAGAAGUCGCUGGCGGAGCCUUCUUGCGAGAUUUUCCUCUUACCUGCCUCAGCCCCUCCCCCUCCUCUCGUCUUAUAUCGAAAACUCCUGCUCUUGCUCCGCUUCAAGCACACCCGUUACAAGUACUUUCGGCAGUCAGUUUUCCGCCUUAAUACCUCGUAGCUAUUCCCAUUCGCUACUAGAAAUUCGCCGCUAUUCGCCACGUGUCCUCUGCCUAUUGGCCCUCCUACUCUUCCUCUGCCCCUCUCUCCUCUUUCUCUUCUUUCCCCAGUCAUCCAAUCUCCUUCGAGCGCUCUCCUCCCUCCUCCAAUCCGAAGGCGCCACGUGUCCCGCGGCUGUCACGGGUCUGGCGCACGUGUACCAGCUGAAUCCGCGCUUCGGCGCGCAUUUCGAGGGCGAGGCGGAAUUCGCGCUGUGGGAAUCGCGGUGCGGGGGAGGCGGGAGAGGCGGGGGAGGGGGAAGGAGAGGGGGAAGGGGAGGGGGAGACGUUGGGGGGAGUGGGGAAGACGGGAACGAUGGUGUGUCUAACGAAGAGGCUCUUAUGGGAGGGGGGGAGUAUAGCCUGAGUGACUAUAGCGCAGGUGCCUCAAGAGGAGGUGAUGACGUGGCAGGAAGAAGGGAGCGACGAACAUGGGAAAGAAUGUGGAAAGGGAGGGCGGGAAGCGGGAGCAGAGGGGGGGAGCUGGGGAAGGCGGGGCUGGGGGCGGGGAAGGGGAGGGAGAGGGGAUGGAGGAAAGGGGGAGUGUGGGGGGAGGGGAAGGAGUGGAGGGAGGAGGCCGGGUUGAGAAGGCUGAGGCGAUUGCUGCAGAGAGAUGAGGAGAGAGUUCAGGCUUUACUACAUAGCAGUGGGACUCGGCACACUCCCCCGCACCUACUUUCUCGACAUAGACACGGGAAGCCACGUCUCCUGGGUGGCGUGCGAUGCUAUGUCAUGCCCCUGUGUCCCCUCCCCAUUCCUCCCCUCGCGCCCCCGCUUCCCUUAUUCCUCCCUUGUCCCUCCGCUGUCUUCCCCCCCAGGCUUUACUACAUAGCAGUGGGACUUGGCACACCCCCCCGCACCUACUUUCUCGACAUAGACACGGGAAGCCACGUCUCCUGGGUGGCGUGCGAUGCUAUGUCAUGCCCCUGUGAGCGGGGGGGGGGGGGGGGGCAUGCUCACAUUGCCUGUGUCUAUGCUCCCAUUCUGUCUUGUCUUGCACCCCUGUCUGCAAUUUCCCCAAUCUUUCCUCUGUCCCAACCCCUCUUCCCCCCCCCCCCCAGGCUUUACUACAUAGCAGUGGGACUUGGCACGCCUCCCCGCACCUAUUUUCUCGACAUAGACACCGGAAGCCAUGUCUCCUGGGUGGCCUGCGAUGCUCCCUGCGUGAACUGCGCUCAGGUGGGCUUCUGUUGCGUUCAGACUGCCAUUCCGACCUCUGCCAAGCCGCACAGACAGGCUUCAUCCGAGGCUGCUCCUCAGGCUCGGAAGACGAGCCUUCAGGCCCGGAAGAUGCCGAAGCUGUGGAUGCGGGUCGGGUUGAAGAGGGCGUUCAUACCAAGCCACGGCAUCUACAAGAGGCGUCCAGAGAGUGACAGCAGCAGCAGCAGCGGGCAGUGUGACUAUGACAUAGUCUACGCGGAUGGAAGCAGCUCCCAGGGUGUGCUUGUAACGGAUAGGUUACUGUUCCUGCACCCUUCUGGCACACUCAAGGCCACACCGUUCACAUUCGGGUGUGCAUACGACCAGGAGGGGGAUCUUGCCGUCUCCCCUGCUCGCUCCGAUGGCGUGUUGGGUCUUGGCCCUUCCAACCUCUCUCUCCCGGCACAGCUGUCCAGAGCAGGGGCAGGGCGCAACGUGUUCGGCCACUGUCUCGACUCGGCAGCAUCUGGGGGAGGUUACUUCUUCAUUGGGGAGGCGCUUUUGCCCAGCACCCUCACGUGGACGCCCCGUGCUGCAUUGAGUGACUCCCGCUACUACCACGCAUCGCUCCUCCACAUCUCCUACGGUUCCAAGAAGCUUGCCAUCGACGAUCCCAAGGCGCUCCACAACAAGCACGCAGGCUCUCAAUCUGCUAAUAACGAGGAUGGUGGAGUGGAGAGCGGAGGGGCAAUUUUCGACUCUGGGUCUUCAUUCGCCUACCUGCCUGCUGCUCUCUUUGAUGCUCUGCUAGAGAUGUGCCUCUGUUCACCUGCUGCUUAUAACGAGGAUGGGGGAGUGGAGAGAGGAGGGGCGAUAUUGGACUCAGGGUCGUCGUUCGCCUACCUGCCUGCUGCUCCCUUUGAGGCGCUGCUAGAAAUGGUGAGAAAGGUUUCCUCAGAUGCAUGGAUCGGAAGAGCUUACUGCUAUGGUGUGUCUGUUGGCUUACCUGCUGCUGUGUUCGUCUCUGGGUCGUCAUUUGCUUACCUGCCUGCUGCUGCUACUUUCAAACCAUUUCUGGAGAUGGUGAGUGGGACAUGGCGCAUCUUUUCCCAUCGCUCCUCCCUUUUCCUCCUCUUCCCUUCCCACGUAGCAGCCGAUGCAGUUGCAGCAGCAGGCACGCAGGCAGACACCAGCGCGUGCGACUGUGCUACCCCACUGCUGGCAGGCGGGCGGGUGUGGCACACCAGUUACCUCCCUGACGCUACUUCCCUGGUUCUUGGAACCAGUUACCUCCCUGACGCUACUUCCCUGGUUCUUGGAACCAGUUACCUCCCUGACGCUACUUCCCUGGUUCUUGGAACCAGUUACCUCCCUGACGCUACUUCCCUGGUUCUUGGAACCAGUUACCUCCCUGACGCUACUUCCCUGGUUCUUGGAACCAGUUACCUCCCUGACGCUACUUCCCUGGUUCUUGGAACCAGUUACCUCCCUGACGCUACUUCCCUGGUUCUUGGAACCAGUUACCUCCCUGACGCUACUUCCCUGGUUCUUGGAACCAGUUACCUCCCUGACGCUACUUCCCUGGUUCUUGGAACCAGUUACCUCCCUGACGCUACUUCCCUGGUUCUUGGAACCAGUUACCUCCCUGACGCUACUUCCCUGGUUCUUGGAACCAGUUACCUCCCUGACGCUACUUCCCUGGUUCUUGGAACCAGUUACCUCCCUGACGCUACUUCCCUGGUUCUUGGAACCAGUUACCUCCCUGACGCUACUUCCCUGGUUCUUGGAACCAGUUACCUCCCUGACGCUACUUCCCUGGUUCUUGGAACCAGUUACCUCCCUGACGCUACUUCCCUGGUUCUUGGAACCAGUUACCUCCCUGACGCUACUUCCCUGGUUCUUGGAACCAGUUACCUCCCUGACGCUACUUCCCUGGUUCUUGGAACCAGUUACCUCCCUGACGCUACUUCCCUGGUUCUUGGAACCAGUUACCUCCCUGACGCUACUUCCCUGGUUCUUGGAACCAGUUACCUCCCUGACGCUACUUCCCUGGUUCUUGGAACCAGUUACCUCCCUGACGCUACUUCCCUGGUUCUUGGAACCAGUUACCUCCCUGACGCUACUUCCCUGGUUCUUGGAACCAGUUACCUCCCUGACGCUACUUCCCUGGUUCUUGGAACCAGUUACCUCCCUGACGCUACUUCCCUGGUUCUUGGAACCAGUUACCUCCCUGACGCUACUUCCCUGGUUCUUGGAACCAGUUACCUCCCUGACGCUACUUCCCUGGUUCUUGGAACCAGUUACCUCCCUGACGCUACUUCCCUGGUUCUUGGAACCAGUUACCUCCCUGACGCUACUUCCCUGGUUCUUGGAACCAGUUACCUCCCUGACGCUACUUCCCUGGUUCUUGGAACCAGUUACCUCCCUGACGCUACUUCCCUGGUUCUUGGAACCAGUUACCUCCCUGACGCUACUUCCCUGGUUCUUGGAACCAGUUACCUCCCUGACGCUACUUCCCUGGUUCUUGGAACCAGUUACCUCCCUGACGCUACUUCCCUGGUUCUUGGAACCAGUUACCUCCCUGACGCUACUUCCCUGGUUCUUGGAACCAGUUACCUCCCUGACGCUACUUCCCUGGUUCUUGGAACCAGUUACCUCCCUGACGCUACUUCCCUGGUUCUUGGAACCAGUUACCUCCCUGACGCUACUUCCCUGGUUCUUGGAACCAGUUACCUCCCUGACGCUACUUCCCUGGUUCUUGGAACCAGUUACCUCCCUGACGCUACUUCCCUGGUUCUUGGAACCAGUUACCUCCCUGACGCUACUUCCCUGGUUCUUGGAACCAGUUACCUCCCUGACGCUACUUCCCUGGUUCUUGGAACCAGUUACCUCCCUGACGCUACUUCCCUGGUUCUUGGAACCAGUUACCUCCCUGACGCUACUUCCCUGGUUCUUGGAACCAGUUACCUCCCUGACGCUACUUCCCUGGUUCUUGGAACCAGUUACCUCCCUGACGCUACUUCCCUGGUUCUUGGAACCAGUUACCUCCCUGACGCUACUUCCCUGGUUCUUGGAACCAGUUACCUCCCUGACGCUACUUCCCUGGUUCUUGGAACCAGUUACCUCCCUGACGCUACUUCCCUGGUUCUUGGAACCAGUUACCUCCCUGACGCUACUUCCCUGGUUCUUGGAACCAGUUACCUCCCUGACGCUACUUCCCUGGUUCUUGGAACCAGUUACCUCCCUGACGCUACUUCCCUGGUUCUUGGAACCAGUUACCUCCCUGACGCUACUUCCCUGGUUCUUGGAACCAGUUACCUCCCUGACGCUACUUCCCUGGUUCUUGGAACCAGUUACCUCCCUGACGCUACUUCCCUGGUUCUUGGAACCAGUUACCUCCCUGACGCUACUUCCCUGGUUCUUGGAACCAGUUACCUCCCUGACGCUACUUCCCUGGUUCUUGGAACCAGUUACCUCCCUGACGCUACUUCCCUGGUUCUUGGAACCAGUUACCUCCCUGACGCUACUUCCCUGGUUCUUGGAACCAGUUACCUCCCUGACGCUACUUCCCUGGUUCUUGGAACCAGUUACCUCCCUGACGCUACUUCCCUGGUUCUUGGAACCAGUUACCUCCCUGACGCUACUUCCCUGGUUCUUGGAACCAGUUACCUCCCUGACGCUACUUCCCUGGUUCUUGGAACCAGUUACCUCCCUGACGCUACUUCCCUGGUUCUUGGAACCAGUUACCUCCCUGACGCUACUUCCCUGGUUCUUGGAACCAGUUACCUCCCUGACGCUACUUCCCUGGUUCUUGGAACCAGUUACCUCCCUGACGCUACUUCCCUGGUUCUUGGAACCAGUUACCUCCCUGACGCUACUUCCCUGGUUCUUGGAACCAGUUACCUCCCUGACGCUACUUCCCUGGUUCUUGGAACCAGUUACCUCCCUGACGCUACUUCCCUGGUUCUUGGAACCAGUUACCUCCCUGACGCUACUUCCCUGGUUCUUGGAACCAGUUACCUCCCUGACGCUACUUCCCUGGUUCUUGGAACCAGUUACCUCCCUGACGCUACUUCCCUGGUUCUUGGAACCAGUUACCUCCCUGACGCUACUUCCCUGGUUCUUGGAACCAGUUACCUCCCUGACGCUACUUCCCUGGUUCUUGGAACCAGUUACCUCCCUGACGCUACUUCCCUGGUUCUUGGAACCAGUUACCUCCCUGACGCUACUUCCCUGGUUCUUGGAACCAGUUACCUCCCUGACGCUACUUCCCUGGUUCUUGGAACCAGUUACCUCCCUGACGCUACUUCCCUGGUUCUUGGAACCAGUUACCUCCCUGACGCUACUUCCCUGGUUCUUGGAACCAGUUACCUCCCUGACGCUACUUCCCUGGUUCUUGGAACCAGUUACCUCCCUGACGCUACUUCCCUGGUUCUUGGAACCAGUUACCUCCCUGACGCUACUUCCCUGGUUCUUGGAACCAGUUACCUCCCUGACGCUACUUCCCUGGUUCUUGGAACCAGUUACCUCCCUGACGCUACUUCCCUGGUUCUUGGAACCAGUUACCUCCCUGACGCUACUUCCCUGGUUCUUGGAACCAGUUACCUCCCUGACGCUACUUCCCUGGUUCUUGGAACCAGUUACCUCCCUGACGCUACUUCCCUGGUUCUUGGAACCAGUUACCUCCCUGACGCUACUUCCCUGGUUCUUGGAACCAGUUACCUCCCUGACGCUACUUCCCUGGUUCUUGGAACCAGUUACCUCCCUGACGCUACUUCCCUGGUUCUUGGAACCAGUUACCUCCCUGACGCUACUUCCCUGGUUCUUGGAACCAGUUACCUCCCUGACGCUACUUCCCUGGUUCUUGGAACCAGUUACCUCCCUGACGCUACUUCCCUGGUUCUUGGAACCAGUUACCUCCCUGACGCUACUUCCCUGGUUCUUGGAACCAGUUACCUCCCUGACGCUACUUCCCUGGUUCUUGGAACCAGUUACCUCCCUGACGCUACUUCCCUGGUUCUUGGAACCAGUUACCUCCCUGACGCUACUUCCCUGGUUCUUGGAACCAGUUACCUCCCUGACGCUACUUCCCUGGUUCUUGGAACCAGUUACCUCCCUGACGCUACUUCCCUGGUUCUUGGAACCAGUUACCUCCCUGACGCUACUUCCCUGGUUCUUGGAACCAGUUACCUCCCUGACGCUACUUCCCUGGUUCUUGGAACCAGUUACCUCCCUGACGCUACUUCCCUGGUUCUUGGAACCAGUUACCUCCCUGACGCUACUUCCCUGGUUCUUGGAACCAGUUACCUCCCUGACGCUACUUCCCUGGUUCUUGGAACCAGUUACCUCCCUGACGCUACUUCCCUGGUUCUUGGAACCAGUUACCUCCCUGACGCUACUUCCCUGGUUCUUGGAACCAGUUACCUCCCUGACGCUACUUCCCUGGUUCUUGGAACCAGUUACCUCCCUGACGCUACUUCCCUGGUUCUUGGAACCAGUUACCUCCCUGACGCUACUUCCCUGGUUCUUGGAACCAGUUACCUCCCUGACGCUACUUCCCUGGUUCUUGGAACCAGUUACCUCCCUGACGCUACUUCCCUGGUUCUUGGAACCAGUUACCUCCCUGACGCUACUUCCCUGGUUCUUGGAACCAGUUACCUCCCUGACGCUACUUCCCUGGUUCUUGGAACCAGUUACCUCCCUGACGCUACUUCCCUGGUUCUUGGAACCAGUUACCUCCCUGACGCUACUUCCCUGGUUCUUGGAACCAGUUACCUCCCUGACGCUACUUCCCUGGUUCUUGGAACCAGUUACCUCCCUGACGCUACUUCCCUGGUUCUUGGAACCAGUUACCUCCCUGACGCUACUUCCCUGGUUCUUGGAACCAGUUACCUCCCUGACGCUACUUCCCUGGUUCUUGGAACCAGUUACCUCCCUGACGCUACUUCCCUGGUUCUUGGAACCAGUUACCUCCCUGACGCUACUUCCCUGGUUCUUGGAACCAGUUACCUCCCUGACGCUACUUCCCUGGUUCUUGGAACCAGUUACCUCCCUGACGCUACUUCCCUGGUUCUUGGAACCAGUUACCUCCCUGACGCUACUUCCCUGGUUCUUGGAACCAGUUACCUCCCUGACGCUACUUCCCUGGUUCUUGGAACCAGUUACCUCCCUGACGCUACUUCCCUGGUUCUUGGAACCAGUUACCUCCCUGACGCUACUUCCCUGGUUCUUGGAACCAGUUACCUCCCUGACGCUACUUCCCUGGUUCUUGGAACCAGUUACCUCCCUGACGCUACUUCCCUGGUUCUUGGAACCAGUUACCUCCCUGACGCUACUUCCCUGGUUCUUGGAACCAGUUACCUCCCUGACGCUACUUCCCUGGUUCUUGGAACCAGUUACCUCCCUGACGCUACUUCCCUGGUUCUUGGAACCAGUUACCUCCCUGACGCUACUUCCCUGGUUCUUGGAACCAGUUACCUCCCUGACGCUACUUCCCUGGUUCUUGGAACCAGUUACCUCCCUGACGCUACUUCCCUGGUUCUUGGAACCAGUUACCUCCCUGACGCUACUUCCCUGGUUCUUGGAACCAGUUACCUCCCUGACGCUACUUCCCUGGUUCUUGGAACCAGUUACCUCCCUGACGCUACUUCCCUGGUUCUUGGAACCAGUUACCUCCCUGACGCUACUUCCCUGGUUCUUGGAACCAGUUACCUCCCUGACGCUACUUCCCUGGUUCUUGGAACCAGUUACCUCCCUGACGCUACUUCCCUGGUUCUUGGAACCAGUUACCUCCCUGACGCUACUUCCCUGGUUCUUGGAACCAGUUACCUCCCUGACGCUACUUCCCUGGUUCUUGGAACCAGUUACCUCCCUGACGCUACUUCCCUGGUUCUUGGAACCAGUUACCUCCCUGACGCUACUUCCCUGGUUCUUGGAACCAGUUACCUCCCUGACGCUACUUCCCUGGUUCUUGGAACCAGUUACCUCCCUGACGCUACUUCCCUGGUUCUUGGAACCAGUUACCUCCCUGACGCUACUUCCCUGGUUCUUGGAACCAGUUACCUCCCUGACGCUACUUCCCUGGUUCUUGGAACCAGUUACCUCCCUGACGCUACUUCCCUGGUUCUUGGAACCAGUUACCUCCCUGACGCUACUUCCCUGGUUCUUGGAACCAGUUACCUCCCUGACGCUACUUCCCUGGUUCUUGGAACCAGUUACCUCCCUGACGCUACUUCCCUGGUUCUUGGAACCAGUUACCUCCCUGACGCUACUUCCCUGGUUCUUGGAACCAGUUACCUCCCUGACGCUACUUCCCUGGUUCUUGGAACCAGUUACCUCCCUGACGCUACUUCCCUGGUUCUUGGAACCAGUUACCUCCCUGACGCUACUUCCCUGGUUCUUGGAACCAGUUACCUCCCUGACGCUACUUCCCUGGUUCUUGGAACCAGUUACCUCCCUGACGCUACUUCCCUGGUUCUUGGAACCAGUUACCUCCCUGACGCUACUUCCCUGGUUCUUGGAACCAGUUACCUCCCUGACGCUACUUCCCUGGUUCUUGGAACCAGUUACCUCCCUGACGCUACUUCCCUGGUUCUUGGAACCAGUUACCUCCCUGACGCUACUUCCCUGGUUCUUGGAACCAGUUACCUCCCUGACGCUACUUCCCUGGUUCUUGGAACCAGUUACCUCCCUGACGCUACUUCCCUGGUUCUUGGAACCAGUUACCUCCCUGACGCUACUUCCCUGGUUCUUGGAACCAGUUACCUCCCUGACGCUACUUCCCUGGUUCUUGGAACCAGUUACCUCCCUGACGCUACUUCCCUGGUUCUUGGAACCAGUUACCUCCCUGACGCUACUUCCCUGGUUCUUGGAACCAGUUACCUCCCUGACGCUACUUCCCUGGUUCUUGGAACCAGUUACCUCCCUGACGCUACUUCCCUGGUUCUUGGAACCAGUUACCUCCCUGACGCUACUUCCCUGGUUCUUGGAACCAGUUACCUCCCUGACGCUACUUCCCUGGUUCUUGGAACCAGUUACCUCCCUGACGCUACUUCCCUGGUUCUUGGAACCAGUUACCUCCCUGACGCUACUUCCCUGGUUCUUGGAACCAGUUACCUCCCUGACGCUACUUCCCUGGUUCUUGGAACCAGUUACCUCCCUGACGCUACUUCCCUGGUUCUUGGAACCAGUUACCUCCCUGACGCUACUUCCCUGGUUCUUGGAACCAGUUACCUCCCUGACGCUACUUCCCUGGUUCUUGGAACCAGUUACCUCCCUGACGCUACUUCCCUGGUUCUUGGAACCAGUUACCUCCCUGACGCUACUUCCCUGGUUCUUGGAACCAGUUACCUCCCUGACGCUACUUCCCUGGUUCUUGGAACCAGUUACCUCCCUGACGCUACUUCCCUGGUUCUUGGAACCAGUUACCUCCCUGACGCUACUUCCCUGGUUCUUGGAACCAGUUACCUCCCUGACGCUACUUCCCUGGUUCUUGGAACCAGUUACCUCCCUGACGCUACUUCCCUGGUUCUUGGAACCAGUUACCUCCCUGACGCUACUUCCCUGGUUCUUGGAACCAGUUACCUCCCUGACGCUACUUCCCUGGUUCUUGGAACCAGUUACCUCCCUGACGCUACUUCCCUGGUUCUUGGAACCAGUUACCUCCCUGACGCUACUUCCCUGGUUCUUGGAACCAGUUACCUCCCUGACGCUACUUCCCUGGUUCUUGGAACCAGUUACCUCCCUGACGCUACUUCCCUGGUUCUUGGAACCAGUUACCUCCCUGACGCUACUUCCCUGGUUCUUGGAACCAGUUACCUCCCUGACGCUACUUCCCUGGUUCUUGGAACCAGUUACCUCCCUGACGCUACUUCCCUGGUUCUUGGAACCAGUUACCUCCCUGACGCUACUUCCCUGGUUCUUGGAACCAGUUACCUCCCUGACGCUACUUCCCUGGUUCUUGGAACCAGUUACCUCCCUGACGCUACUUCCCUGGUUCUUGGAACCAGUUACCUCCCUGACGCUACUUCCCUGGUUCUUGGAACCAGUUACCUCCCUGACGCUACUUCCCUGGUUCUUGGAACCAGUUACCUCCCUGACGCUACUUCCCUGGUUCUUGGAACCAGUUACCUCCCUGACGCUACUUCCCUGGUUCUUGGAACCAGUUACCUCCCUGACGCUACUUCCCUGGUUCUUGGAACCAGUUACCUCCCUGACGCUACUUCCCUGGUUCUUGGAACCAGUUACCUCCCUGACGCUACUUCCCUGGUUCUUGGAACCAGUUACCUCCCUGACGCUACUUCCCUGGUUCUUGGAACCAGUUACCUCCCUGACGCUACUUCCCUGGUUCUUGGAACCAGUUACCUCCCUGACGCUACUUCCCUGGUUCUUGGAACCAGUUACCUCCCUGACGCUACUUCCCUGGUUCUUGGAACCAGUUACCUCCCUGACGCUACUUCCCUGGUUCUUGGAACCAGUUACCUCCCUGACGCUACUUCCCUGGUUCUUGGAACCAGUUACCUCCCUGACGCUACUUCCCUGGUUCUUGGAACCAGUUACCUCCCUGACGCUACUUCCCUGGUUCUUGGAACCAGUUACCUCCCUGACGCUACUUCCCUGGUUCUUGGAACCAGUUACCUCCCUGACGCUACUUCCCUGGUUCUUGGAACCAGUUACCUCCCUGACGCUACUUCCCUGGUUCUUGGAACCAGUUACCUCCCUGACGCUACUUCCCUGGUUCUUGGAACCAGUUACCUCCCUGACGCUACUUCCCUGGUUCUUGGAACCAGUUACCUCCCUGACGCUACUUCCCUGGUUCUUGGAACCAGUUACCUCCCUGACGCUACUUCCCUGGUUCUUGGAACCAGUUACCUCCCUGACGCUACUUCCCUGGUUCUUGGAACCAGUUACCUCCCUGACGCUACUUCCCUGGUUCUUGGAACCAGUUACCUCCCUGACGCUACUUCCCUGGUUCUUGGAACCAGUUACCUCCCUGACGCUACUUCCCUGGUUCUUGGAACCAGUUACCUCCCUGACGCUACUUCCCUGGUUCUUGGAACCAGUUACCUCCCUGACGCUACUUCCCUGGUUCUUGGAACCAGUUACCUCCCUGACGCUACUUCCCUGGUUCUUGGAACCAGUUACCUCCCUGACGCUACUUCCCUGGUUCUUGGAACCAGUUACCUCCCUGACGCUACUUCCCUGGUUCUUGGAACCAGUUACCUCCCUGACGCUACUUCCCUGGUUCUUGGAACCAGUUACCUCCCUGACGCUACUUCCCUGGUUCUUGGAACCAGUUACCUCCCUGACGCUACUUCCCUGGUUCUUGGAACCAGUUACCUCCCUGACGCUACUUCCCUGGUUCUUGGAACCAGUUACCUCCCUGACGCUACUUCCCUGGUUCUUGGAACCAGUUACCUCCCUGACGCUACUUCCCUGGUUCUUGGAACCAGUUACCUCCCUGACGCUACUUCCCUGGUUCUUGGAACCAGUUACCUCCCUGACGCUACUUCCCUGGUUCUUGGAACCAGUUACCUCCCUGACGCUACUUCCCUGGUUCUUGGAACCAGUUACCUCCCUGACGCUACUUCCCUGGUUCUUGGAACCAGUUACCUCCCUGACGCUACUUCCCUGGUUCUUGGAACCAGUUACCUCCCUGACGCUACUUCCCUGGUUCUUGGAACCAGUUACCUCCCUGACGCUACUUCCCUGGUUCUUGGAACCAGUUACCUCCCUGACGCUACUUCCCUGGUUCUUGGAACCAGUUACCUCCCUGACGCUACUUCCCUGGUUCUUGGAACCAGUUACCUCCCUGACGCUACUUCCCUGGUUCUUGGAACCAGUUACCUCCCUGACGCUACUUCCCUGGUUCUUGGAACCAGUUACCUCCCUGACGCUACUUCCCUGGUUCUUGGAACCAGUUACCUCCCUGACGCUACUUCCCUGGUUCUUGGAACCAGUUACCUCCCUGACGCUACUUCCCUGGUUCUUGGAACCAGUUACCUCCCUGACGCUACUUCCCUGGUUCUUGGAACCAGUUACCUCCCUGACGCUACUUCCCUGGUUCUUGGAACCAGUUACCUCCCUGACGCUACUUCCCUGGUUCUUGGAACCAGUUACCUCCCUGACGCUACUUCCCUGGUUCUUGGAACCAGUUACCUCCCUGACGCUACUUCCCUGGUUCUUGGAACCAGUUACCUCCCUGACGCUACUUCCCUGGUUCUUGGAACCAGUUACCUCCCUGACGCUACUUCCCUGGUUCUUGGAACCAGUUACCUCCCUGACGCUACUUCCCUGGUUCUUGGAACCAGUUACCUCCCUGACGCUACUUCCCUGGUUCUUGGAACCAGUUACCUCCCUGACGCUACUUCCCUGGUUCUUGGAACCAGUUACCUCCCUGACGCUACUUCCCUGGUUCUUGGAACCAGUUACCUCCCUGACGCUACUUCCCUGGUUCUUGGAACCAGUUACCUCCCUGACGCUACUUCCCUGGUUCUUGGAACCAGUUACCUCCCUGACGCUACUUCCCUGGUUCUUGGAACCAGUUACCUCCCUGACGCUACUUCCCUGGUUCUUGGAACCAGUUACCUCCCUGACGCUACUUCCCUGGUUCUUGGAACCAGUUACCUCCCUGACGCUACUUCCCUGGUUCUUGGAACCAGUUACCUCCCUGACGCUACUUCCCUGGUUCUUGGAACCAGUUACCUCCCUGACGCUACUUCCCUGGUUCUUGGAACCAGUUACCUCCCUGACGCUACUUCCCUGGUUCUUGGAACCAGUUACCUCCCUGACGCUACUUCCCUGGUUCUUGGAACCAGUUACCUCCCUGACGCUACUUCCCUGGUUCUUGGAACCAGUUACCUCCCUGACGCUACUUCCCUGGUUCUUGGAACCAGUUACCUCCCUGACGCUACUUCCCUGGUUCUUGGAACCAGUUACCUCCCUGACGCUACUUCCCUGGUUCUUGGAACCAGUUACCUCCCUGACGCUACUUCCCUGGUUCUUGGAACCAGUUACCUCCCUGACGCUACUUCCCUGGUUCUUGGAACCAGUUACCUCCCUGACGCUACUUCCCUGGUUCUUGGAACCAGUUACCUCCCUGACGCUACUUCCCUGGUUCUUGGAACCAGUUACCUCCCUGACGCUACUUCCCUGGUUCUUGGAACCAGUUACCUCCCUGACGCUACUUCCCUGGUUCUUGGAACCAGUUACCUCCCUGACGCUACUUCCCUGGUUCUUGGAACCAGUUACCUCCCUGACGCUACUUCCCUGGUUCUUGGAACCAGUUACCUCCCUGACGCUACUUCCCUGGUUCUUGGAACCAGUUACCUCCCUGACGCUACUUCCCUGGUUCUUGGAACCAGUUACCUCCCUGACGCUACUUCCCUGGUUCUUGGAACCAUUACCUCCCUGACGCUACUUCCCUGUUACCUCCCUGACGCUACUUCCCUGGUUCUUGGAACCAGUUACCUCCCUGACGCUACUUCCCUGGUUCUUGGAACCAGUUACCUCCCUGACGCUACUUCCCUGGUUCUUGGAACCAGUUACCUCCCUGACGCUACUUCCCUGGUUCUUGGAACCAGUUACCUCCCUGACGCUACUUCCCUGGUUCUUGGAACCAGUUACCUCCCUGACGCUACUUCCCUGGUUCUUGGAACCAGUUACCUCCCUGACGCUACUUCCCUGGUUCUUGGAACCAGUUACCUCCCUGACGCUACUUCCCUGGUUCUUGGAACCAGUUACCUCCCUGACGCUACUUCCCUGGUUCUUGGAACCAGUUACCUCCCUGACGCUACUUCCCUGGUUCUUGGAACCAGUUACCUCCCUGACGCUACUUCCCUGGUUCUUGGAACCAGUUACCUCCCUGACGCUACUUCCCUGGUUCUUGGAACCAGUUACCUCCCUGACGCUACUUCCCUGGUUCUUGGAACCAGUUACCUCCCUGACGCUACUUCCCUGGUUCUUGGAACCAGUUACCUCCCUGACGCUACUUCCCUGGUUCUUGGAACCAGUUACCUCCCUGACGCUACUUCCCUGGUUCUUGGAACCAGUUACCUCCCUGACGCUACUUCCCUGGUUCUUGGAACCAGUUACCUCCCUGACGCUACUUCCCUGGUUCUUGGAACCAGUUACCUCCCUGACGCUACUUCCCUGGUUCUUGGAACCAGUUACCUCCCUGACGCUACUUCCCUGGUUCUUGGAACCAGUUACCUCCCUGACGCUACUUCCCUGGUUCUUGGAACCAGUUACCUCCCUGACGCUACUUCCCUGGUUCUUGGAACCAGUUACCUCCCUGACGCUACUUCCCUGGUUCUUGGAACCAGUUACCUCCCUGACGCUACUUCCCUGGUUCUUGGAACCAGUUACCUCCCUGACGCUACUUCCCUGGUUCUUGGAACCAGUUACCUCCCUGACGCUACUUCCCUGGUUCUUGGAACCAGUUACCUCCCUGACGCUACUUCCCUGGUUCUUGGAACCAGUUACCUCCCUGACGCUACUUCCCUGGUUCUUGGAACCAGUUACCUCCCUGACGCUACUUCCCUGGUUCUUGGAACCAGUUACCUCCCUGACGCUACUUCCCUGGUUCUUGGAACCAGUUACCUCCCUGACGCUACUUCCCUGGUUCUUGGAACCAGUUACCUCCCUGACGCUACUUCCCUGGUUCUUGGAACCAGUUACCUCCCUGACGCUACUUCCCUGGUUCUUGGAACCAGUUACCUCCCUGACGCUACUUCCCUGGUUCUUGGAACCAGUUACCUCCCUGACGCUACUUCCCUGGUUCUUGGAACCAGUUACCUCCCUGACGCUACUUCCCUGGUUCUUGGAACCAGUUACCUCCCUGACGCUACUUCCCUGGUUCUUGGAACCAGUUACCUCCCUGACGCUACUUCCCUGGUUCUUGGAACCAGUUACCUCCCUGACGCUACUUCCCUGGUUCUUGGAACCAGUUACCUCCCUGACGCUACUUCCCUGGUUCUUGGAACCAGUUACCUCCCUGACGCUACUUCCCUGGUUCUUGGAACCAGUUACCUCCCUGACGCUACUUCCCUGGUUCUUGGAACCAGUUACCUCCCUGACGCUACUUCCCUGGUUCUUGGAACCAGUUACCUCCCUGACGCUACUUCCCUGGUUCUUGGAACCAGUUACCUCCCUGACGCUACUUCCCUGGUUCUUGGAACCAGUUACCUCCCUGACGCUACUUCCCUGGUUCUUGGAACCAGUUACCUCCCUGACGCUACUUCCCUGGUUCUUGGAACCAGUUACCUCCCUGACGCUACUUCCCUGGUUCUUGGAACCAGUUACCUCCCUGACGCUACUUCCCUGGUUCUUGGAACCAGUUACCUCCCUGACGCUACUUCCCUGGUUCUUGGAACCAGUUACCUCCCUGACGCUACUUCCCUGGUUCUUGGAACCAGUUACCUCCCUGACGCUACUUCCCUGGUUCUUGGAACCAGUUACCUCCCUGACGCUACUUCCCUGGUUCUUGGAACCAGUUACCUCCCUGACGCUACUUCCCUGGUUCUUGGAACCAGUUACCUCCCUGACGCUACUUCCCUGGUUCUUGGAACCAGUUACCUCCCUGACGCUACUUCCCUGGUUCUUGGAACCAGUUACCUCCCUGACGCUACUUCCCUGGUUCUUGGAACCAGUUACCUCCCUGACGCUACUUCCCUGGUUCUUGGAACCAGUUACCUCCCUGACGCUACUUCCCUGGUUCUUGGAACCAGUUACCUCCCUGACGCUACUUCCCUGGUUCUUGGAACCAGUUACCUCCCUGACGCUACUUCCCUGGUUCUUGGAACCAGUUACCUCCCUGACGCUACUUCCCUGGUUCUUGGAACCAGUUACCUCCCUGACGCUACUUCCCUGGUUCUUGGAACCAGUUACCUCCCUGACGCUACUUCCCUGGUUCUUGGAACCAGUUACCUCCCUGACGCUACUUCCCUGGUUCUUGGAACCAGUUACCUCCCUGACGCUACUUCCCUGGUUCUUGGAACCAGUUACCUCCCUGACGCUACUUCCCUGGUUCUUGGAACCAGUUACCUCCCUGACGCUACUUCCCUGGUUCUUGGAACCAGUUACCUCCCUGACGCUACUUCCCUGGUUCUUGGAACCAGUUACCUCCCUGACGCUACUUCCCUGGUUCUUGGAACCAGUUACCUCCCUGACGCUACUUCCCUGGUUCUUGGAACCAGUUACCUCCCUGACGCUACUUCCCUGGUUCUUGGAACCAGUUACCUCCCUGACGCUACUUCCCUGGUUCUUGGAACCAGUUACCUCCCUGACGCUACUUCCCUGGUUCUUGGAACCAGUUACCUCCCUGACGCUACUUCCCUGGUUCUUGGAACCAGUUACCUCCCUGACGCUACUUCCCUGGUUCUUGGAACCAGUUACCUCCCUGACGCUACUUCCCUGGUUCUUGGAACCAGUUACCUCCCUGACGCUACUUCCCUGGUUCUUGGAACCAGUUACCUCCCUGACGCUACUUCCCUGGUUCUUGGAACCAGUUACCUCCCUGACGCUACUUCCCUGGUUCUUGGAACCAGUUACCUCCCUGACGCUACUUCCCUGGUUCUUGGAACCAGUUACCUCCCUGACGCUACUUCCCUGGUUCUUGGAACCAGUUACCUCCCUGACGCUACUUCCCUGGUUCUUGGAACCAGUUACCUCCCUGACGCUACUUCCCUGGUUCUUGGAACCAGUUACCUCCCUGACGCUACUUCCCUGGUUCUUGGAACCAGUUACCUCCCUGACGCUACUUCCCUGGUUCUUGGAACCAGUUACCUCCCUGACGCUACUUCCCUGGUUCUUGGAACCAGUUACCUCCCUGACGCUACUUCCCUGGUUCUUGGAACCAGUUACCUCCCUGACGCUACUUCCCUGGUUCUUGGAACCAGUUACCUCCCUGACGCUACUUCCCUGGUUCUUGGAACCAGUUACCUCCCUGACGCUACUUCCCUGGUUCUUGGAACCAGUUACCUCCCUGACGCUACUUCCCUGGUUCUUGGAACCAGUUACCUCCCUGACGCUACUUCCCUGGUUCUUGGAACCAGUUACCUCCCUGACGCUACUUCCCUGGUUCUUGGAACCAGUUACCUCCCUGACGCUACUUCCCUGGUUCUUGGAACCAGUUACCUCCCUGACGCUACUUCCCUGGUUCUUGGAACCAGUUACCUCCCUGACGCUACUUCCCUGGUUCUUGGAACCAGUUACCUCCCUGACGCUACUUCCCUGGUUCUUGGAACCAGUUACCUCCCUGACGCUACUUCCCUGGUUCUUGGAACCAGUUACCUCCCUGACGCUACUUCCCUGGUUCUUGGAACCAGUUACCUCCCUGACGCUACUUCCCUGGUUCUUGGAACCAGUUACCUCCCUGACGCUACUUCCCUGGUUCUUGGAACCAGUUACCUCCCUGACGCUACUUCCCUGGUUCUUGGAACCAGUUACCUCCCUGACGCUACUUCCCUGGUUCUUGGAACCAGUUACCUCCCUGACGCUACUUCCCUGGUUCUUGGAACCAGUUACCUCCCUGACGCUACUUCCCUGGUUCUUGGAACCAGUUACCUCCCUGACGCUACUUCCCUGGUUCUUGGAACCAGUUACCUCCCUGACGCUACUUCCCUGGUUCUUGGAACCAGUUACCUCCCUGACGCUACUUCCCUGGUUCUUGGAACCAGUUACCUCCCUGACGCUACUUCCCUGGUUCUUGGAACCAGUUACCUCCCUGACGCUACUUCCCUGGUUCUUGGAACCAGUUACCUCCCUGACGCUACUUCCCUGGUUCUUGGAACCAGUUACCUCCCUGACGCUACUUCCCUGGUUCUUGGAACCAGUUACCUCCCUGACGCUACUUCCCUGGUUCUUGGAACCAGUUACCUCCCUGACGCUACUUCCCUGGUUCUUGGAACCAGUUACCUCCCUGACGCUACUUCCCUGGUUCUUGGAACCAGUUACCUCCCUGACGCUACUUCCCUGGUUCUUGGAACCAGUUACCUCCCUGACGCUACUUCCCUGGUUCUUGGAACCAGUUACCUCCCUGACGCUACUUCCCUGGUUCUUGGAACCAGUUACCUCCCUGACGCUACUUCCCUGGUUCUUGGAACCAGUUACCUCCCUGACGCUACUUCCCUGGUUCUUGGAACCAGUUACCUCCCUGACGCUACUUCCCUGGUUCUUGGAACCAGUUACCUCCCUGACGCUACUUCCCUGGUUCUUGGAACCAGUUACCUCCCUGACGCUACUUCCCUGGUUCUUGGAACCAGUUACCUCCCUGACGCUACUUCCCUGGUUCUUGGAACCAGUUACCUCCCUGACGCUACUUCCCUGGUUCUUGGAACCAGUUACCUCCCUGACGCUACUUCCCUGGUUCUUGGAACCAGUUACCUCCCUGACGCUACUUCCCUGGUUCUUGGAACCAGUUACCUCCCUGACGCUACUUCCCUGGUUCUUGGAACCAGUUACCUCCCUGACGCUACUUCCCUGGUUCUUGGAACCAGUUACCUCCCUGACGCUACUUCCCUGGUUCUUGGAACCAGUUACCUCCCUGACGCUACUUCCCUGGUUCUUGGAACCAGUUACCUCCCUGACGCUACUUCCCUGGUUCUUGGAACCAGUUACCUCCCUGACGCUACUUCCCUGGUUCUUGGAACCAGUUACCUCCCUGACGCUACUUCCCUGGUUCUUGGAACCAGUUACCUCCCUGACGCUACUUCCCUGGUUCUUGGAACCAGUUACCUCCCUGACGCUACUUCCCUGGUUCUUGGAACCAGUUACCUCCCUGACGCUACUUCCCUGGUUCUUGGAACCAGUUACCUCCCUGACGCUACUUCCCUGGUUCUUGGAACCAGUUACCUCCCUGACGCUACUUCCCUGGUUCUUGGAACCAGUUACCUCCCUGACGCUACUUCCCUGGUUCUUGGAACCAGUUACCUCCCUGACGCUACUUCCCUGGUUCUUGGAACCAGUUACCUCCCUGACGCUACUUCCCUGGUUCUUGGAACCAGUUACCUCCCUGACGCUACUUCCCUGGUUCUUGGAACCAGUUACCUCCCUGACGCUACUUCCCUGGUUCUUGGAACCAGUUACCUCCCUGACGCUACUUCCCUGGUUCUUGGAACCAGUUACCUCCCUGACGCUACUUCCCUGGUUCUUGGAACCAGUUACCUCCCUGACGCUACUUCCCUGGUUCUUGGAACCAGUUACCUCCCUGACGCUACUUCCCUGGUUCUUGGAACCAGUUACCUCCCUGACGCUACUUCCCUGGUUCUUGGAACCAGUUACCUCCCUGACGCUACUUCCCUGGUUCUUGGAACCAGUUACCUCCCUGACGCUACUUCCCUGGUUCUUGGAACCAGUUACCUCCCUGACGCUACUUCCCUGGUUCUUGGAACCAGUUACCUCCCUGACGCUACUUCCCUGGUUCUUGGAACCAGUUACCUCCCUGACGCUACUUCCCUGGUUCUUGGAACCAGUUACCUCCCUGACGCUACUUCCCUGGUUCUUGGAACCAGUUACCUCCCUGACGCUACUUCCCUGGUUCUUGGAACCAGUUACCUCCCUGACGCUACUUCCCUGGUUCUUGGAACCAGUUACCUCCCUGACGCUACUUCCCUGGUUCUUGGAACCAGUUACCUCCCUGACGCUACUUCCCUGGUUCUUGGAACCAGUUACCUCCCUGACGCUACUUCCCUGGUUCUUGGAACCAGUUACCUCCCUGACGCUACUUCCCUGGUUCUUGGAACCAGUUACCUCCCUGACGCUACUUCCCUGGUUCUUGGAACCAGUUACCUCCCUGACGCUACUUCCCUGGUUCUUGGAACCAGUUACCUCCCUGACGCUACUUCCCUGGUUCUUGGAACCAGUUACCUCCCUGACGCUACUUCCCUGGUUCUUGGAACCAGUUACCUCCCUGACGCUACUUCCCUGGUUCUUGGAACCAGUUACCUCCCUGACGCUACUUCCCUGGUUCUUGGAACCAGUUACCUCCCUGACGCUACUUCCCUGGUUCUUGGAACCAGUUACCUCCCUGACGCUACUUCCCUGGUUCUUGGAACCAGUUACCUCCCUGACGCUACUUCCCUGGUUCUUGGAACCAGUUACCUCCCUGACGCUACUUCCCUGGUUCUUGGAACCAGUUACCUCCCUGACGCUACUUCCCUGGUUCUUGGAACCAGUUACCUCCCUGACGCUACUUCCCUGGUUCUUGGAACCAGUUACCUCCCUGACGCUACUUCCCUGGUUCUUGGAACCAGUUACCUCCCUGACGCUACUUCCCUGGUUCUUGGAACCAGUUACCUCCCUGACGCUACUUCCCUGGUUCUUGGAACCAGUUACCUCCCUGACGCUACUUCCCUGGUUCUUGGAACCAGUUACCUCCCUGACGCUACUUCCCUGGUUCUUGGAACCAGUUACCUCCCUGACGCUACUUCCCUGGUUCUUGGAACCAGUUACCUCCCUGACGCUACUUCCCUGGUUCUUGGAACCAGUUACCUCCCUGACGCUACUUCCCUGGUUCUUGGAACCAGUUACCUCCCUGACGCUACUUCCCUGGUUCUUGGAACCAGUUACCUCCCUGACGCUACUUCCCUGGUUCUUGGAACCAGUUACCUCCCUGACGCUACUUCCCUGGUUCUUGGAACCAGUUACCUCCCUGACGCUACUUCCCUGGUUCUUGGAACCAGUUACCUCCCUGACGCUACUUCCCUGGUUCUUGGAACCAGUUACCUCCCUGACGCUACUUCCCUGGUUCUUGGAACCAGUUACCUCCCUGACGCUACUUCCCUGGUUCUUGGAACCAGUUACCUCCCUGACGCUACUUCCCUGGUUCUUGGAACCAGUUACCUCCCUGACGCUACUUCCCUGGUUCUUGGAACCAGUUACCUCCCUGACGCUACUUCCCUGGUUCUUGGAACCAGUUACCUCCCUGACGCUACUUCCCUGGUUCUUGGAACCAGUUACCUCCCUGACGCUACUUCCCUGGUUCUUGGAACCAGUUACCUCCCUGACGCUACUUCCCUGGUUCUUGGAACCAGUUACCUCCCUGACGCUACUUCCCUGGUUCUUGGAACCAGUUACCUCCCUGACGCUACUUCCCUGGUUCUUGGAACCAGUUACCUCCCUGACGCUACUUCCCUGGUUCUUGGAACCAGUUACCUCCCUGACGCUACUUCCCUGGUUCUUGGAACCAGUUACCUCCCUGACGCUACUUCCCUGGUUCUUGGAACCAGUUACCUCCCUGACGCUACUUCCCUGGUUCUUGGAACCAGUUACCUCCCUGACGCUACUUCCCUGGUUCUUGGAACCAGUUACCUCCCUGACUCCAACUCUGAAUCCUUUCUUGCUCUUUCUACCUUCGCUGCUUCCCCUCCCAGGUAUCAGCCGAUGCAGCAGCUGCAGGCCUGCAGGCAGACACCACCACGACUGUGCUGCCGCACUGCUGGCGGGCGGGGAAAGGGGCGGGGAAAGGGGCACCAGAUAUCAGGUGCGUUUGAUGGGAGGAUCAGUGUAGGCUUUUCAAUCGACUUCAUGCAACCCCAUGCAAUCCCAUGCUACACCAUGCUACACCACGCAACCCAAUGCAUUCAAAAAUUAUCCUUCCCCAUGCCUUCGUCUCAGAGGCAUGGCACGGUGUGUCUUGGCAUUCGGAAUGGGAAGGAGUCAGCUGCUUCCCCUCCUGCCCGCCCCAUCACACCCUUACUCACCCUUAUUGUGCCACAGAGGCAUGGCACGGUGUGUCUUGGCAUUCGGAAUGGGAAGGAGUCAGCUGCUUCCCCUCCUGCCCGCCCCAUCACACCCUUACUCACCCUUAUUGUGCCACAGAGGCAUGGCACGGUGUGUCUUGGCAUUCUGAAUGGGGACGAGUCAAUUGCAUUUGGAGGCGCUUCCCGAACCAUCAUUGGAGAUAUUGCGAUGCGCGGUUACCUUAUAGUGUAUGAUAACGAGAAUACAAGGAUUGGUUGGACCCUGGCAAAUUGUUCCUCCAAACCAUGA